AUGGCCGCAGCUUGCACUUCCUGCUGCGGAACUGAUGCCAAGGAGGUUGGGUGGACUGUGCCCAGCGUUUUGGUAGAGAUGCCCUCCACGCGACACGGGCCAGACGCGGAUUUAAGUCAGCUGCAAGAUCAGAUGCAGGCCGACAUGGCCCGCAUUCACACCCUUCUGCAGGAUAAGCUUUGCUCUGACAUGGCGCAAAUCUUUGCGCGGCUAGAAGUGUUGGAGUCACACAUAGGGGUCAGGCGAUCCAGCACGGACUGCGAGCCGAACAGCCCACCACAACAUGAGGCCGGCUUCGACGAGGUUGACCUUCAGGUGAUUUCGGACGACACUCGGGGCGACACUCGGGGCGACACUGUCAUCGCAGAGCCUGUGGGGAGAGCCGAGGAGUCCUUCGAGGAGUUCUCCGAGGUGCACUUCGAAGAAAGUGUCUGGAGCAUUCCCGUGGUAUCUGGUCUCGUGGACGUCGGCUGCUUCGACAAGCUCUUCGCUGGCAUGCUGGUGCUCCUUAAUUUGGGCAUGCAGGCAGCCUUCUCCUGGGUGCUCCUCACUGAUGAUUUCAUUGGUGAUGGCUUCGAAUCCCAGGUAGACAGUGCAAAAGUUUGGCGGACAAGUGUUGCGCAUGACCACAAGUACAUGGACUUGGCCGACACGAGCUUGGUGUCCAGAGUGUGCUCUGGAGAUGGUGCAUUGAUUCUCUCCACAAACCAGGCGACUUUGGUGGAGCACAUCAACAGCUUCCUCGGGCUGGAAGCAGAUGAUUUUGGACGAUCAAUUUUCCAGCCGGGGGUUCUUCUGUGCAUGCUCUGCAUCAUUCAGUGGAGCCUGUGCGUGUACAAGGAGUUCCGCCGCAUCUGGCUGCAAUUGGAAGCAGUCGUGGCAGUUCCCAGGUCUUGCCGGACCAUUUUCCGUGACAACUCAUUCGAUCACAUGUCCUGGGGCCGGUUCUGCAUUCUCCUGGUCACGUACCUGGCACGCGUUGCUAUCGCAUCCGUCCUGCUCUUCGGCGGAGUAAUGUGGCUAGCUCGCACCACGUCUAUCGAAGAAUUGAUGUUGAAUGCGGUGGCUCUCAAUUCCAUCCUGGACAUUGACGAGUUCCUGUUUGCCGGCAUGACACCCGUCAAGAUCCAGCAUGCGAUACAGACGCUGGCACCAAUGAAGAUCAAGUACAGCCGCGCCCGAAGUCAGUGUGAGUCGCUCUUGCAUUUCAGCUCUCUGCUGGCAUUAGUUUUAACCUCGUAUUUUCUGCUGCUGGUUCCCUUGAGUGACACCAUGCUGGCUGUUAAGAGCGAGCUUUGUGGGGGCAUCCAGAAGUUUGUGGUGUCUUACAAUGCAGAGACGCAGCUGACGAUUGGACUUGUCACAGCCGAUUCCCGUGAUGCACGGAACCUUUCUGCUAGCGAGGCUGCAGUUCAGGAAUUCAAGAACUCAUUGGCAGAGGCUGUUUCAGGUACAAUCAGGUUCUCUCCUUCCAAAGAUAUGUUUCAACAAGAUAUAUCACGCAGCAUGCGGGAAGAGGCCAGCACUUACCCGUUCUGUCUAGAAACCGCCCUACUGAAUGAGGAUGGUCAGUUUUAUGCAGAUGCAACACUGCAGGGAUUGGCUGACGUGUUCUUCAAUUCAGCAGCAGCCAGUGUGGGACGUACAGGCGUGCAAAGCUGUGAAGAAUUGAAGGAUGACUGUGACUCAGCAGACGGGCGCUUGCUACGAUUGGUGUGCGGGGAGACCUGCGGAUGUUUAGAUCCACUCAGCUCGGCCUGGUACAAGGUUGAAGCUCAAGGCUGCUCCGCAGCUUGCCUCGAACUUGCGCAGCAGAGCUUGCAAAACCGCUCUUGCCAGGAUGCGCCUGUGGAUGAUACGUGGCGUGCAUUCUGGGAUCGCUAUCCUUCCGCCUUGUCUGCGCACUUUGGCCAGCGGGUUCAGGACACAGAGGCCUUCAGGCGGACGCAACAAGUCAUUGCGGCCCUACGCGUCGGGGGAUGCCCAAUUCUGACCCGCUUUCCUGUAGACAUCUUGACCGGUGCCUUGCUUGGCUUCGUCUUUGAAGGGCGCCCGGAUCCGAGAUUGCACAGCAUUUGUGCGGUGUAUUUCUCGGUUGAACUGCAGGGUGGAGCUGGUGCAGUUAAAAUUAGCCUCGAAACACCAGUGCUCAUGCCGACGCCUGCGGUUCCCACAUCAGAGACGUAUUCUGAGGCGAGCGAGGUAUCCGGCGAAGUCACCAAAAGUAUCCGCAUUGAGGUACCUCCAGAAUCCAACCUUGUUGAAGUUGAAGGAUUGGCUGCCCUACGUGACCAGUUCCAAUCAGAGAUCCCGCGCAUCCUGGCACGGCUGCAGGCAGUGGAAACACAGCUUGGGAUAUUAGCACCUCACGAAAGCUCCGAGGAGCAGCCCACCACAAGCACCGAGCACGAGAAUCCCAAUGUCUGGAAGAGCUUGAACGGCGGCAUCGAGAAGGGCCUUCCUCCGCAAGCAACGCGUGAGGAGAAGCUGACGCCGGUUCGUGCUUGGAGCAUCCCGGUGGUCAUUGGCUUGGCUGAUGUCGGCUGGUUCGACACUAUUUGCGCCCUGCUGCUGGUGCUUGUCAACUUCGGCAUGCAAGUUGCAUUCUCAGGCGUAUUGCUGUCUGACAGCUUCAUGGGCGACAGCUUCGACACGAAGGUGGGCAGUGCGAAAACUUGGCGGACCAGCGUGGCACAUGACGACGCCCACCUGGAUCUAGGAGGCACCAGUUUGGUGUCUCGGGUUUGUGCCGGAGACGGCGCGCUCAUCAUUUCGACUCAGCAGGCGACUCUCGUCGAGCAGAUCAACAAGUUUUUGUCGCUGGGCAAGGCUGAUCUGGCUCCUCAAUCCUUCCAAACUGGAGUGAUGCUUUGUGUGCUCUGCAUUCUCUUGUGGAGCUUGUGCGUCUACAAGGAGAUCCGCCGAGUAUGGCUAUCAUUGGAGGCCACAGUGCAGAUUCCAAAAGCACGCAGAACGGUGCUGAGAAACCACGUGUUCACCAGCAUUUCGUGGGGGCGCUAUGGCAUGCUCCUCGUGACAUAUAUGGCAAGAGUUGCAAUUGCUUCGAUUUUAUUGGUGGCAGGAAUUCUUUGGCUGGCCCGGACAACUUCCAUCGAAGAGCUUAUGCUGAAUGCUGUUGCCUUGAAUGCCAUCUUGGAUGUUGAUGAGUUCUUAUUCGCUGGCAUGACGCCCAUCAGGAUAACGCAUGCCGUGCAGAGCCUGGAGCCAAUCUCAGUCAAGUACAGUCGACGCCGCAGCCAGUGCGAGACUCUCGUGCACCUGAGUCUCAUCGUGGCGACGGUGCUGAUGUCGUACAGCCUUCUCUUGGUUCCAUUAUCUCAUACAAUGCAGACAGUGAAGAACGAGUUGUGCGGGGGAAACCAGACAUUUGUGGUCUCGUACAACCGGGAGACUCAAGAAAUCGUUGGAUUACAAACGCAUCCAUCAGUGGAGGAUGCCGACGACCGCAACCUGACAGCAAUGGAGACGGCCGUGAAGUUUCACAUCGCCAACUCACCAGAGACAACUCCUGGAGCUGUGCCGUCCUACAUCAGCUUCUCUGCGAACCGACGUGCUUUCGGAGCAGACCGUUCGCGUACCAUGAGCGAGAAGUCCAGGCAAUACCCGCUGUGCAUGGAAACUAUGGUCCUGAAAGAGAACGCCUUAUUCCGCAAUGAUCCGACACUACGCCCAAUGGUGGACGUCCUAUUAAGGAGUGCCGGUUUAACCUUCCAGCGUGAGAUGUCUUCGAGCUGUCAGGAGCUUAGCGACCUCUGCGACAGGCCUGACGCCACCCUUCUGCGUCUGGUUUGCGGUGAGACCUGCGGCUGCACCAAUCCCGUUUCCAACCCGUGGUACAAGGUUGAGGCACAGGGCUGCAGCAACUCCUGCCUAAUCGAGGCAUCAUGGAAAGCCAGAAAUGUGGUCCCCUGCGUGGACGACGAGGAGAACCGAAGUUGGUAUGCUUUUUGGAACACCUAUCCAGGUGCUGUGUCCGCUUUCUAUGGGCAAGCGAUAGAGCAGACUCUUUUGUGGAACGACCUGAACACUACCAUCCAGGGUAUGUUAACCCAAGGCUGUGCAUAUCUUGACGUGAUGGGCUUUGAUUCUCCCACCGGCGCCAGCUACUGUGAGGGCUUGAGCACAUUGUUCAAGCCGCUGGCCCAAAUCUGUCCUGUCACGUGCGGCUGUCAAACACCCGGGGACGUACUGCUAAGCAGAUGUCCUUUUAGUUGCUCGGCUCCCUAA